AUGAGUGAAGGCACCCUGCUGCCCCCCUUCGUACUGCCCGUGCUGCUGUUGCUGCUCUGGGGCCUGGACCCCGGCUCAGCUGGCGGCGACGCAGUGGCCGACGUAGAGGUAGUACUCCCGCGGCGGGUGCGCCCAGACGAAGUGCACCUGCUGUCGCUGCCUGGCGCCGAGGGCCCCCGGCGGAGGCGAAGACCCCGCGCACCCCUGGGCGCCCCCCGCGCCCGGCCUGGCGAGCACGCGCUGCUGUUGCACUUGCCGGCCUUUGGGCGUGACCUGUACCUACAGCUGCGCCGAGACUUGCGCUUCCUUUCCCGCGGCUUCGAGAUGGAGGAUGGAGGGCGCCGCGGCCGGCCAGCGGAACUGUGCUUCUACUCGGGCCGGGUGUUGGGCCACCCUGGGUCCUUGGCCUCGCUCAGCGCAUGCGGCUCCGGCGGCUUGGUUGGCCUUAUUCAGCUUGGGCAGGAGCAGGUGCUAAUCCAGCCACUCAAUACAUCCCAGGACCCUUUCAGUGGAAAGCAUCUUGCCAGGCGGAAAUGGACACCUAACCCCUCUACGAAGGUGAAGGUCCUUGGACAGCGCUGCAAGGUCUUGACAGAAAAUAAGAAGUCAAGGAGGAACAGACUCUCGUGGAGCUGGCGGGAGAGGAGGAAUGCCAUUCAGCUUACCCAGGAGUACACAGUGGAGACCCUGGUUGUGGCAGAUGCCAACAUGGUUCAGUACCACGGGGCAGAAGCUGCUCAGAGGUUCAUCCUCACCGUCAUGAACAUGGUAUACAAUAUGUUUCAGCACCAGAGCCUUGGAGUUAAAGUUAACAUUCAAGUUACCAAGCUUGUCCUUCUCCAACAACGUCCAACCAGCUUGUCCAUUGGACACCAUGGCGAAAAGUCCCUGAAGAGCUUCUGUCAUUGGCAGAAUGAAGAAUAUGGUGGAGCUCGAUAUCUUGGCAACAAUCAGGUUCCAGGAGCAAAAGAUGAUAUGCCCUCUGUGGAUGCUGCUGUCUUUGUGACCAGGACUGAUUUCUGUGUUCAUAAAGAUGAGCCAUGCGACACUGUUGGAAUUGCUUACUUAGGAGGUGUGUGCAGUGCAAAGCGGAAGUGUGUGCUAGCUGAAGACAAUGGCCUCAAUUUGGCCUUUACCAUUGCUCAUGAACUGGGCCACAACUUGGGGAUGAACCAUGAUGAUGACCACUCUUCCUGUGCUGGGAAGUCCCACAUCAUGUCGGGAGAGUGGGUGAAAGGCAGGAAUCCCAGUGACCUUUCCUGGUCUUCCUGCAGUCGAGAUGACCUUGAAAACUUUCUCAAGUCAAAAUCAAGCACCUGUUUGCUAGUAUCAGACCCCAGGAAACAGCACACAGUGCGCCUUCCUCACAAGCUUCCAGGCAUGCACUAUAGUGCCAGUGAGCAGUGCCAGAUCCUGUUUGGCACCAAUGCCACGUUCUGCAGAAACAUGGAGCAUCUGAUGUGUGCCGGUCUGUGGUGCCUGGUUGAAGGUGAUUCAUCCUGCAAGACCAAGCUGGACCCUCCCCUGGAUGGUACUGAGUGCGGUGCAAACAAGUGGUGCCGAGCUGGGGAGUGUGUUGGCAAAACACCCAUCCCAGAGCAUGUAGAUGGAGACUGGAGCCCUUGGAGUGUCUGGAGCAUGUGCAGCCGAACAUGUGGCACUGGAGCCCGCUUCCGGCAGAGGAAAUGCGACAAUCCCCCCCCUGGACCUGGAGGCACACACUGCCCGGGAGCCAGCGUGGAGCACACAGCCUGCGAGAACCUGCCCUGCCCCAAGGGCUUGCCCAGCUUCCGAGACCAGCAGUGCCAGACCCAUGACCGGCUGAGCACCAAGAGGAAGGGCCUGCUGACCGCAGUAGUGGUGGAUGAUAAGCCCUGUGAACUCUACUGCUCACCCCUUGGGAAGGAGUCCCCGCUGCUGGUGGCCGAAAGGGUCUUAGAUGGCACUCCCUGUGGGCCCUACGAGAUGGACCUCUGCGUGCAUGGCAGGUGCCAGAAAAUUGGCUGUGAUGGCAUCAUUGGGUCAGCUGCCAAGGAAGACCGAUGUGGGGUCUGCAACGGGGACGGAAAGACCUGCCGAGUGGUCAAGGGGGACUUUAACCACACUCAGGGCUCUGGUUAUAUUGAAGCGGUUGUCAUUCCUGCUGGAGCUCGGAGGAUCCGUGUGGUGGAAGAUAGACCAGCCCACAGUUUUCUGGCUCUUAAAGACUCCAGUAAGAGGUCUAUCAACAGUGAUUGGAAGAUCGAACUCCCUGGAGAAUUCCAGAUUGCCGGAACCACUGUCCACUAUGUUAGAAGGGGACUGUGGGAGAAAAUUUCUGCAAAGGGACCAACUAAAAUGCCACUGCAUCUUAUGGUGUUGUUAUUUCAUGACCAGAAUUAUGGAAUUCAUUACGAAUACACAGUUCCUGUAAACUACUCUCAAGAAAAUCAGAGCAAACCAGAAAAGCCACAGGAUUUGCUGUUCAUCUGGACACACAGUGGCUGGGAAGGGUGCAGCAUGCAGUGUGGAGGAGGGGAACGUAGAACCAUUGUGUCUUGUACACAAAUUGUUAACAAGACCAUGACCCUGGUGAAUGACAGUGACUGCCCACCAGCAAGCCGCCCAGAGCCCCAGAUCCGGAAGUGUAACUCACACCCAUGCCAGUCACGGUGGACAGCAGGGCCGUGGAGUCCCUGCUCAGCAACAUGUGAGAAGGGCAUCCAGCACCGAGAGGUAACUUGCAUGUACCAGUUGCAGAAUGGUACUCACAUCGCCACACAGCCCCUCUACUGCCCAAGUCUCCGACCAACUCCUGUGCAGAGCUGUGAAGGCCAGGACUGCCUGUCUAUAUGGGAGGCAUCAGAGUGGUCACAGUGUUCUGCUGAUUGUGGUAAAGGGAUGAAAAACCGAACUGUGACGUGUACCAACUCACAAGGAAAGUGUGAUACAGCCAGGAGACCAAAAACCGAGGAGGCAUGUGAGAAUUAUUCUGGCUGCUAUGAGUGGAAAACAGGGGACUGGUCUAAGUGUUCUUCAACCUGUGGGAAGGGCCUGCAGUCUCGUGUGGUGCAAUGCAUGCACAAGGUCACCGGACGCCAUGGCAAUGAGUGUCCCACCCUCUCCAAGCCUGCGACCUAUAGACAGUGCCACCAGGAGGCAUGCAAUGAUCGGAUCAAUGUGAACACCAUCACCUCCCCACGGCUGGCUGCACUGACCUACAAAUGCACACGUGACCAGUGGACAGUGUACUGUCGAGUCAUCCGGGAGAAGAACCUUUGCCAGGAUAUGAGGUGGUACCAACGCUGCUGCCAGACAUGCAGGGACUUCUAUGCCAGCAGGAUGCAUUCACCACAGCAGCCACAGCCCAGCUUAUAUGUGUGA